AUGUCACUAAUUCGAUCAAGAAGGGGUUCUUUUGUUAGAACCUUGAAAGAUCUGGAUCCAGACCUCGAGGACCUGUUCUAUGAUGGUGGUCUCCGAGCAUCGAAACGUAAUCAGUGGUUCUUUGAGGUGGCAUGGGAAGUUGCCAACAAAGUUGGAGGAAUACAUACAGUGAUCAGGACGAAAGCAGCAGUGACAGUUGACGAACUGGGAGAUCAGUAUUAUAUGAUUGGACCAUAUGUAGAGCAGUUUGUGAGGAUGGAAGUUGAAGUGUGUGAGCCGACUCACAAUGAUGCAAUGAUGAAGGCACUCCAACAUAUGAGGCAACAUGGAAUGAAAGUGGUGUUUGGGAGGUGGUUGAUAGAGGGCACUCCGAACGUUAUCCUGUUCGACAUUGGGUCGGGAGCCUGCAAACUCAACGAAUGGAAGAAUGAACUCUGGGAAAGUUCGCAUUUGGGCAUCCCAUGGGAGGAUAAGGAAUCAAACGACGCCGUUGUAUUCGGAUAUUUAACUGUUUGGUUCCUUUCAAAGUUCAAAGAGAACAUGUCGCCAGAGCCCUGCAUAGUUGCCCACUUUCACGAGUGGAUAUCGGGUGUCGGGCUGUUCACCUGCCACACUCGACGUCUGGGUAUCUCGACUAUCUUCACCACCCACGCCACACUGCUCGGUCGCUAUCUCAGUGCUGGCUCGUGUGAUCUCUACAACAAUCUUCAUACGUUUUCUUUGGACAAAGAGGCAGGCAACCGAGGCAUCUACCACAGGUACUGCAUCGAAAGGGCAGCCGCACACUGCGCCGACGUCUUCACCACCGUUUCUGAGAUCACCGGUCUGGAGGCUGAGCAUCUUCUUAAGAGGAAAGCAGAUCUCAUCCUCCCGAAUGGGCUGAACGUGCAAAAGUUUGCAGCCCUGCACGAGUUUCAGAACAAGCAUGCACUGGCCAAGGAGAAAAUCAACGACUUCAUCAGAGGACAUUUCUACGGCCAUUACGAUUUUGAUCUUGACAAGACCUUGUACUUCUUCAUCGCUGGUCGCUACGAGUUUUCGAACAAGGGUGCUGACGUCUUCAUUGAGGCACUGGCCAGACUCAACUACAUGCUUAAGCGCUGCAACUUGCCACCCAUCUGCACUCACAACGUCCUCAACGACGAUGUCGACCCCGUACUCUGUGCCUUCAGGAGAUGUCAACUGUUCAAUUCACAUCAGGAUAGGGUCAAGGUCAUAUUCCACCCGGAGUUCUUGAACUCGACAAAUCCACUCUUUGGACUGGACUACGAGGAAUUCGUCCGCGGUUGUCACCUCGGCGUUUUCCCAUCCUACUAUGAACCCUGGGGAUACACACCUGCGGAGUGCACCGUGAUGGGAAUUCCUAGCGUGACGACCAACCUGUCGGGGUUCGGAUGCUUCAUGCAGCAACACAUCCAGGAUCCACAGUCCUACGGGAUCUACAUCAUUGACAGGCACUUCAAGAGCGUCGAAGACUCCGUCCAACAACUGGCCCAGUGCAUGUUCGAUUUCAGCCACCUAUCGAGGAGGCAGAGGAUCAUCCAACGCAACAGGACCGAGCGACUGAGCGACCUACUGGACUGGAAGAAUUUAGGAAUUUACUACCACAAGGCGAGAAACAUGGCCCUGCAGAGGACACACCCAGAACUCUAUGGAAACAGUUCCGAAUAUCCGGAUGGUAUAAAUAAGAUGCCGAAACCACAGUCGGAGCCAACUUCACCAUCGGCCUCUCGCUCCUCUUCUCCACCGCCAUCCCUGGACGACGACGAACCGGACAGCGAGGAAGAAAAACAGGAACUGAGUAAAAUCGAAACCGAAACCACGAGUGGCCGAGCUACGCCUGUCAAUCACUAA